GCAUCUCAGGGCUCUUGAGCACCUAUUUAUGUCUGACUUAAAACCCGUGUUAUGGUAUCAGGUGACUUUGUAGAAUAAUAGACUGCCAUGAUAUUAGUAGUGCUCUAAUAAUAGACCCUAAAAUUGUAGGUUUGUCAUGAUAUAACUGCUUAAUUUAUAAGAUCUUACAUGGAAGUCACAUCUACGUCUACACCAUCUGACUGCAUCGUGACAAUCACCUAUACAUGAUGGAGAACAGGAUUAGGCUAGAGAUAGAACAAUGUAUUGAAUAUGAAUAAAAGACAUGUGGUAUCAUUCAACAGAGACCACGCCCGCAAGGCCAAGCCAUGCCAUCCGAUCAAUUCGAAUUAAUUCAAUUCAUUGUUCCCGCCUUCUCCAUCGUUAGGUUUUCUCCGCGUUCAAUGUUGAAUAUCUAUUUCCCCGAUUGCCCCGUGUUCAGCUUUGAGGAUUGUGUAGUUAAGGCCCAAUGCCAAUACAAUUUAAAAGCGCUUCAGCAGAUACCUCAUUUAACAAUGGAUGCACGGCAUUAACCCUUGCAACUUGUCUUUUUAUUAGCAAGCGCAGUUGUCGAAUUUCGGUGAAAAUUAAUAUUAACUCACUGGUGUCCGAGUCUCAUAUAUUUCUAGUACAACUGUGAAUCAGGAGGCAAUUUAUUCAUUCUGAGUCGUAUUUUGACCUUGUUAAUUAUUCAUUUAUCAACCUUGACUGCUGUCAUAUGAACGUACGUGUGUGUACACUUCUAGUCCUAUUUAUCACAUGUCUGUAACUUACUUUUGUAUGACUAUAAAUAUUGAUUAACGCUUGGUGAAAUGAGGUUGGCACACAUGCCUUCUCCACUGCGCGAUAUUUCGCUUUGCUCUCUUCUCUUUGCUCCUCCGAUAUUUUGUCUGGAUCAAAGAUUGGAUGGAAUAUCCGAAUUUGAAAUUCAUUCUCGCAUUUGACUAGUUUAAUUCCGUUAUUGACUAAUACGAUUGAAGUCGAUAAUUAUAUACGAAGAUUGACGGUAUAUAUAUCACGAUAGCAAUCAGAAGUAUUCUCGCGAUCACCAUUUCUGACCACAAAUUGUCAAACUUUAAACGUAAAUCUCAUUUAUCUAUUUUCGGCUUAAAGGAUAGUGUAUAUGAGAACCAUUACCUCUACAAACUCACGGUAUAGUCUUAUUAGUUGUCCAAUCCGUUGUAUAAGCAAGCGGUUUUCCUGGCCUGUCGUCAUUACUGAUUUUAUUGUGGGCCAGAAUUAUUAUAAUAUUGGGGGGAUAGUGUAGCGCCUGGGAAAAGUCAGGAUGAUUGAGCUGUUCCUCAUUGGCUACAGUGCCUUCGAUCACCUUUUGAUGAACAUGAAAAUGACAGGUAUUUAGAGUUUUGACAACACUUUAACCAGUAACGCCUCCUACUAUAAAAUCGUACCUAUUAAGGGAAAUCAAAAAGCAGAAGCGAGGAGGUUCGAAGAUAUAUUUGAAAGGCUAUCAAUAUAUCGUGAAUUGACUGAACUAAUCUGGCUAGCAAUUGCAGGGGAUGUUGAGCACAGCGUUCCUUCUCGUGAUCUGGUGCGGAUGCAUGACUGAGCACCUUCAGCUAGAUGAGUCCAUUAAAACUAAUGUGGUCAACAUCCAAUGUCGAAUACUUACACAGCUAUUCACUCUUGGAAUUUAUUUACCACUACAGUUACUUGGCAUGAAGAUGUGGCCAAAUUCGCUGUGAAUAACACUUUGUCAUGAGUUGUCCAACGUACAUUGAUACAAGAGUUAUCAUCAGUCAUAUAAUAUAUGCUAGAUGACCUUGACCUAUCUACGACUGUUAAUUCUACGAUUCUGGACAUAGUAUUUUUUUGGUCGUGAUUCUUGUGAGUGUGUGCACAGCAAAGAAGCCGUUAUCUACAGAAGACCUUGAGCUGUAAAAAUUUUAAGGAUGUCAUAGAUAGAUAACGUUUAAGAACGCAGAUGUACGUAAUAUCUUGAUAGUCUUGGGCCCCAAAGCUAGCGAACGUAGAAAUCAGAAUGAGCUAGAGUGUAUCCAGUUGAUCGAAUGAAUCGCAGAGUCUUACGGAACGAUUUAUUUUGCGGAUAUUUGCGGAGCAUGGUUUUAAGAUAUCAUGAGCAUUCGGGGUAUGACACCGUAUUAUGCCAACCCAAUCGACUCAGAGGUUAGAAGCGAAGAGGUUCGAAGACAAAUUUGAUAUAGUAUCGAGAAGUGAUCAAUCUAAGCGGUGUAGCAGUUAUAGGAGAUGUGAAGUAGGGCGUACCCACUCAUGAUCUGAUAUGGAUGCAUGAACGGGAGCCUUCAGCCAGGUGGCCUCAGUAAAACUAAUGCAGUCAACACCAAGUGUCGAAGACCUACAGAGCUACUGAUUUUGAGUAUUUAUUUACCACCACACGAUAAAGAAUGUCAAAUAAACUGAAUCAGAAUAAUAAUGUUAUGUGAGGAGUGAGUACAUAAUCUGAGUCUAUUCUACUUACGUUUAAAAAAAUAGCCUUCCAACCGAACAACAGAAACCAUUGAGCCUUAAUUUUCUUCUUUUCGACGAACUGAGGAUUUAUUAGAGGAUUUCUAAACGUAUCAUAAGCCCAGAACAAAUGAAUUGUCAGCUGAUAAACAAAUUUUCGAUCAGACCAUCGGAGAACAUAAACUAAUCCCCGUUUCAUAGACGCUGAAUCGAUUGAGUGAUCUUCAUUGCUAGAACUUACACAAGACUUGCAGAUUAAAGUCUUUUCUGAACUAACAACCUUUACAAUGAAGUAUUUUCAAAAGAAUAACUCAAGACAAGAUAGAAUUAGCCUCCAAAUCAUCAAAAAUUUUAAAGAAAACACAUUUUCAUAACUUAAACUGUUACUGGUAGUCAAAGUUGGUUUGUUUAUAUUGCUCAAUAAACAUUGAUAGAUUUAAGUCUAUCUCUCAAAAGUGUAACGUGUUCUUGUAGGAAUGAAGAAAUAUUUGGAUGCUACCAGUACAAAGCUCAGUAGGGCUUUGCAGAAAACAAAUGAAGUCAUAGGAAGAGCUGAAACGACAGAAUUCGAUGAGGAUUUUGUCUCACUAUUAAAGCAAGCAGAAUCCACACAUGAAGCAUCUAAGCACAUUAUGGGGGCCAUUGAGCAGUGGAUCAACCCAUGUGUCUGUAAAUUGCAUUUUAUCGACAACCUAAUGACUCUUUAUUCAUAGUAAAAAAGUUCGAUGAUAUCGGUCAGUUCACUUUAAAACCUCAUUUUAUCCUUAAGAAAUAACUUUUCAGUUAACUUAAGAUAAGUGUAUGCUGUUCGUCUUUUUUGUGUGGUGUUUUGUUCCAUAUUCUACUAUCAUGUUUAUCGUCCGCCUUGAUCUCUGAGAGCUCAACAUGUCACUUAUUCUGAGAAAAAGUGGUUUCAGUACACAAGCACUUAAGGACAAUUUUGACUUCACUAGAAUGUUAAGAUUUUGAUUCCUUGAUGAGUUGUAUGCACACAGACCUCAACCUGUCACGUUUAGAAUUGAGUUCGUUUGGCAUAAGUGGAAACUCUUAGUCAUGGUUCAUUCACUACUGAAAAAGAUGUUACCAUCGCAACCGUUUACUGACUGUCAUGUUUUGACGUGUUUACAUAGAUAUUUGUGUAGCAAAAUGAUAUUCACUUUACGAUGUAGCCUAAAAUCAACAUAAAUUGUUGGAUCUGUGAAAUACCUACUAAAGACCACACGGAAAGAUAAAUCCGGAAAUGAAAUUUUUCUGUCACUUUCAUUCCAUAAAAAUAAAAGUUGGAUUAUGCUAUAUUGAGUUUUAAAAGUUUAUUAUGAUACAGUCUGUCUCGAAAUCCUCUCAACAGUCUUCAAAAUGUACAACUAUCUUCCUAAUUUUGUAUUUUGUUAAAAUUGUUGGAAAAUACAUUUACCUAAACAGUGUGUUAAAAUGAAAUUCAUGAAUACAAACAUGGUUUGUGGUAGUUCAUCGUUUGGCCUCAAGAUGCAUGAAGAACAUAUUAACAAAUAUGAGUCUGAUGGCUGAGUUGAUAUUUUCUCUCUGAUAGAAGAUAUACAGUUAAAUGUAGACAUCCAUAAUUUGACCUCAUGUUAUAAUCCAAACCUACAGAGACGUAACCUUUAAAGUUAGACAAAGUUACGAUCUUCAAAAAACUGAAUACAACAUUUAUCUAUCAUAUUACACUUCCCCCUGAAAAUGCUCAACAGUGAAAGUGUUGGUGUUCCACUACUGACAAGUAAUAAAGCACUAUGUUAGCUGAUAGCAUAUGUACUAAUAUUCGAUUUCUGCUCCGGAGUUCUAACCAAUCCUCUAAUUAGUAGUAUUAAUGACUUUUAUACCACUAACGUAGGAAUCGUCUAGUAUGUGAAUCCACAUGCCUGAACACUGCAAUAUUUAUCAUAUUUCGUCAAAAUUUAAAUGAAAUCAUUGAAUUUAUACUUCGUUAAUUCAUUUAGCUUGCAAAGUAGAAAGUAUGGUCACAGAUAAUAAAAGUUAUUGGCUAAAGGUUCCUGCAAAGUUACCUGCCGAACAUCUUGGAGAUACACUACUCAACGCAGCCGUUGGUGUCGGAGCUGGUACUGCAUAUGGUGCAGCAUUGUCACAAUGUGGCGAGUACAGUCGUCAAAUAGCUGCAGCUGAAAGUCAAAGGAAUGCGAUACUAGAAAAGAAAACAUUAUGUGUAUUACAUCAUUUUUUGGCACUUGAAUGGCCUGAAAUACAAAAAGAACUUAGUCAUUUGGAGUCGUAUCGUUUGGAUUAUGAUAAAUUAAGAAGUAAAGUGAAGCAUAAUGAACAUCCAGAUCCUGAAACUUUGACAAAAAUGGAAGACGCUAAAACCGUUCUUUAUAAACAACUAGAAAAAACUAGAGCUAAACUACAGCAGGUCAAGUCGGUAAAUGACUCUAAUAUGAUUGCACUAAAAGAAUUAGUAGCAGCUCAACGAACUUAUUUCAGUGAAUGCAGACAAAGGACUGAAGAAUUGUCUGCUCAAAUGGAGCGAUUGAAGUAAACAUGUGUUUUUCGGGAAGAAAAGAGAUUAGAAUAAAAUAAAAACAAAACGCCAAUCUUGUGUCUUCCCCAUGCAACAGUCACUCUAUACAACUACUCUAUUGAAGCUCCAAUAAUAAAAAUGAUUUUUCAGGCUUUUUAGUCACAAAUUCUUCGUGUUUCUCAUCGAUUUAAAACUGCUCGUUUUUUUUUCUUGGGAUGUUAACAUACUUUUGCCGUUCAGUGUAUAUUUAUAUUAAUGUCUAUAUUAUUUGCCUUAUAACUUUCAAUAAUAUCAAUAAUUACAUUAUUGAAUUCAAUAAGGAAUUCACUUAUUUCUUUUCAGUACUUUCAUAGCUAUUCUUGGAUCUAUAUUUGUGUACGUGUGUUUUCUUUUCUGGUUUAUGUGUAUUUUCAUACAUUUAUUGUGUUUUUUUUUGGAGGGGAAGGGGUAAGUUGGUGUUGGUUGAUUGAAAAUUUAUUCAUUCUGUUAUAA